AAAAAGGAAAAGAAUUUAGUAGUAUAUGAGUGUAUUUAAUCGUGGAACAAAACCCUAAGGGUUCUUGUAAGAACCAAUCGCCGCCUGAUUGAUCUCAGCCUCCACUGCUUUCCUACUCUCUCUUUGUCUUAUAUAUAUCUCUCUUAACCACUCCUCAGUUUCCACACUGUUUUUUUUUUUUUGGUUCUCUAAAUUUGAUUUCAAUUUGUUUGGUUUUGCUGAAACCAUGAAAACAUGUUGCGGGAAAUCAAAUUUGUUUUCAGUGAUCAGAUUCCUGAGGUGGGUAAGUUUUUGAUUUUGAUUAUGCUUUGUAAAGGGUAUAUGGGUUUUGAAAAUUUUGGGGUUUGAUUAGGUUAAAAGAAAGCAAGAUUAGGAUUCUUGGAGCUGUAUAUAUAGGGUUUAGGGGGUUAUCAGUUUUUGUGUGAAAAGUUUUGAUCUUGAGGGCGUUUUAGGGUUUAGCCUUCGGUUUUAGGAAGUGGGUAUUGAUUAGUUUUGGUUAAUAGUGAGUGUUAGGCGGAGAUGAUCAACUUGAGGUUUUGAAAGAAUGUUGAGUGAAUUGGGGAGAAGACCAAUGCUUGGAGGUAACGAUGGUUCGUUUGGGGAUGAGUUGGAGAAGGAGAUAGGUAUGUUGCUACGUGAGCAACAGCGUAGUAGGCAAGAGGCUGAUGAUCGUGAGCGUGAGCUUAAUAUUUAUAGAAGUGGUUCAGCUCCUCCAACUGUGGAGGGAUCAUUGAGUGCUGUUGGUGGGUUAUUUGGUGGUGGCGGGGCUGGUGGGGGAGGCGACGGUGGUGGUGGCGGUGGUAGUGCCGUGUUUUCGGAGUUUUCUGAAAGUAAGAAUGGGAAUGGCUUUGUGUCUGAGGAGGAACUUAGGUCUGAUCCAGCUUAUCUUUCGUACUAUUACCAGAAUGUGAAUCUGAAUCCGCGGCUUCCGCCUCCUUUGCUUUCAAAGGAGGACUGGAGGUAUACGCAGAGGUUGAAAGGUGGGAGUUCGGUGUUGGGUGGGAUUGGAGAUAGGAGGAAAGUAAAUAGGGGCGAUGAUGGUGGCGGUGGCAGUGGCAGGUCGUUGUUUUCAAUGCCGCCGGGCUUCAACACGAGGAGAGGAGACAGUGAGGUUGAGUCGGACAAAGGCCGUGGUUCUGCUGAGUGGGGUGGUGAUGGACUGAUUGGUUUGCCGGGUUUAGGGCUGGGGAGCAAACAAAAGAGUCUUGCUGAAAUCUUUCAGGAUGACAUGGGGCGUUCAUCUCCUGUCACUGGGCAUCCUUCUCGUCCAGCCAGUCGUAAUGCUUUUGAUGAGAAUGUUGAGACAUUAGGAUCUGCUGAAGCUGAGCUAGCUCAUUUGCGUGGUGAACUGAAAAAUUCUGAUGCUUUGCGAUCUGGUACAAAUGGUCAGAGCUCAUCUUCUGUCCAAAAUAUGGGCCCUCCUUCUUCAUAUUCUUAUGCUGCUGUUCUAGGUGCUUCCUUGUCAAGAAGCACCACUCCAGAUCCCCAACAUGUUGCUAGGGCUCCUAGCCCUUGCCUUACUCCUAUUGGAGGAGGCAGAGUUGGCACAUCGGAAAAGAAAGUCAUCGCUAGUCCAAACUCAUUUAAUGGUGUCUCAUCUGGCAUUAAUGAGUCUGCAGAUCUGGUAGCUGCUUUAUCUGGCAUGAACUUGUCAACAAAUGGUGUGCUGGAUGAUGAAAAUCAUCUGCCAUCACAGCUUGAACAGGAAGUAGAGAGUCAACAAAAUUAUCUAUUUGGUCUGCAAGGGAGUCAGAAUCAUAUUAAGCAACAUUCUUACCUUAAAAAGUCAGAAUCUGGGCAUUUGCAUAUGCCUUCUGUUCCUCAAUCUGCUAAAGUAUCUUACUCUGAUUUGGGAAAGAACAAUGGGGGUGGGUCAGACCUGAAAAUCCCCUCCUCAGAUAGGCAGGCUGAAAUGCAAAAAUCUGCUCUUCCUUCUAGCAAUUCGUACCUAAAAGGAUCUACUAAUGGUGGAGGUGGAUUGGCUGCUUCAUAUCAGCAUGUCGAUGGUACAAAUUCGUCAUUUAUUAACUAUGGUUAUUCUGUAAAUCCAUCACUGGCGUCCAUGAUGGCUAACCAACUUGGAACUGGUAAUCUUCCACCCUUGUAUGAAAAUGUUGCUGCGGCUUCUGCCAUGGCAGCCCCUGGGAUGGACUCAAGAGUUCUUGGAGGAGGUUUGCCCUCUGGAGCUGCUGCAUCUGAAGUACAUAAUCUUGGUAGAAUGGGUAACCAAAUGACAGGGAAUGCUGUUCAAGCGCCAUUUGUUGAUCCUAUGUAUCAGUACUUGAGGACAUCUGAUUAUGCUGCACAGCUUGCUGCUCUUAAUGACCCAUCUAUGGAUAGGAACUACUUAGGUAACUCAUACAUGAAUUUACUCGAGCUGCAGAAAGCUUAUAUUGGGGCUAUUCUAUCCCCUCAGAAGUCUCAGUACAGUGUUCCAUUGGGAAGUAAAUCUGGUGUCUCUAAUCAUCAUGGUUAUUAUGGAAAUCCUGCAUUCGGUGUUGGCAUGUCUUAUCCUGGAAGUCCUAUGGCAGGUUCUGUUAUGCCAAACUCUCCAGUUGGGCCUGGAAGUCCUAUGCGUCUUCCUACUGGCAUGAGGAACUUAGCUGGGGGCAUCAUGGGACCUUGGCACCUGGAUCCAGCUAACAUCGAUGAAAGCUUUGCAUCCUCACUUUUAGAAGAGUUUAAGAGCAAUAAAACUAAGUGUUUUGAACUUUCUGAAAUUGCUGGUCAUGUUGUUGAAUUCAGUGCGGAUCAGUAUGGGAGCCGAUUUAUUCAACAGAAACUUGAAACAGCCACAACAGAAGAAAAAAACAUGGUUUAUCAGGAAAUCAUGCCCCAAGCUCUUGCUUUAAUGACUGAUGUGUUUGGUAAUUAUGUUGUUCAGAAGUUUUUUGAGCAUGGACUUCCAUCCCAGAGAAGAGAAUUGGCCAACAAGCUUUUCAGCCAUGUACUUACACUGAGCCUUCAAAUGUAUGGUUGUCGAGUGAUCCAGAAGGCUAUUGAAGUUGUUGAUCUGGAUCAGAAGAUCACAAUGGUCCAAGAGCUUGAAGGUCAUGUCAUGCGCUGUGUACGUGAUCAGAAUGGGAACCAUGUCAUCCAGAAAUGUAUUGAAUGUGUUCCUGAAGAUGCUAUACACUUUAUUGUCUCAACAUUUUUUGAUCAAGUUGUCACCCUCUCCACCCAUCCAUAUGGUUGUCGGGUUAUACAGAGAGUACUAGAGCACUGCAACGACCCAAAAACGCAGAGUAAAGUUAUGGAUGAAAUUUUAGGUGCAGUUAGCAUGUUGGCACAAGAUCAGUAUGGCAAUUAUGUUGUUCAGCAUGUGCUGGAGCAUGGAAAGCCUCAUGAGCGUUCUGCUAUUAUUAAAGAAUUAGCUGGAAAGAUAGUUCAAAUGAGUCAGCAGAAGUUUGCCUCCAAUGUUGUGGAGAAGUGUUUGACUUUUGGUGGUCCUUCUGAACGCCUGUUACUAGUGAAUGAGAUGCUUGGCUCUACCGAUGAAAAUGAGCCGCUUCAGGCAAUGAUGAAAGAUCAAUUCGCAAACUACGUUGUUCAAAAAGUUCUGGAGACUUGUGAUGACCAGCAGCGUGAGCUGAUCCUCUCACGUAUUAAAGUUCAUUUGAGUGCAUUGAAAAAAUACACUUACGGAAAGCAUAUUGUUGCACGUGUAGAGAAACUUGUUGCUGCUGGGGAAAGGAGAAUUGCAGCUCAGUCUCCACACCCUGCUUAGGCAGCGUAGGAAAAAGUUCUGUACAGCUAACUGAGGCCAGUGUGAGCUUCCUCUUUUCCUCUCUUUCACCCCCCAUGUCUAGAGAUACUACUACUCUACCUGUCUUUUGUGAUAGGUGUGGGCCGAUUGGAAAUAAAGUUGUUGCUUGUACGGCAAAACUGUACAUUAUGUAGUUUUAAGGUUUAUAUACAUAAAAUCAAGCAAGCCGAGGCUCAGAUGUUGAAUGCACCUGAUCCCCCUGCAGAGGAGACAAAAUGACUAUACAAGUUUUUUAAGGGUGUAAAAAUUAUUGAAUGGUGAGGUAGAUUUUAAGUUAACGCGACUGUACAAAUGUUGCCAUGUGGAGAGCUGUUUAUGUUUAGGUUGAGGCCAGGGAUAUUUUUGAUGUAUGGUUAUUGACGUUUUUUCUUUGAUUAUAAGCACAAUUUUCUCAUGCAA